CAUACGUACCAGAGACACCAAGCCACAAGCAAGAGGAACUCGACAGCAAAAGCGUGAAAGACAGGGGCAAAAGGUAAACGGAUAUACAAAGGUAGCCAAGCAGACCAAGCUCCUCGACCUCAAACACACACGUCCCAGCUACCCCAAAAGCACCCACUUAGGUGCGUAGGCCCAUCCAUCCCCUGCGGCGCGCAUCCCCUCCCCCUCCCCUUUCCCAACUGCCCCUCCCCUCUGCCCCCCUAUCUCGCACCCCACCAGUUCGCCCAAGCCAAGCCAAGAACCCGCACCCACACCCACGGUCCACGCGCGACCCCACAAGCACCACCAGCACGGGGCCCCUCCACGCACCACGCACGCACGCACCACCACCAUCACCACAACCCACCGAACGCACCCACACACGCCUCAAAGGCCGUUGCGCGCGCCGCGAGAUGCAGAGCAGCAGAGCCAAGAGCGAGCGAGCGAGCGAGCGCCCUAAGCUAUCGAACCACAUCCACCACCCACAGCCAACGCACGCCCGCUACAAAUCGUACCACAACCCCACUACCCACCGCUCCCGAGAGAGCCCACACACGCACCACGAACCCACGAACCCACGCUCCACGCAGACGCGCCGAAACGCACGCCAUACCAGCGCUCCCGCACCCCCGUUGCCCCCUGCCCCCCCGACCGGUCGCAGACGCCAGACGCCCAAAACCGCAUUUCCUAAAAAAGGUCCCCCGUGCGCCCUUUUCGGCGACGCGCCAUGCGCUUUUCGCUAUUCCCGUGGAGAUGGCCUUCUGAUCUCGCUACAGUACUGGGCUUGCCUUACCCACAAUCUAGCCAGGGCGUGACGGAUCGGCGGGCUCGCCGACGGCGAUGGUUGGUGAUGGCGAUGGUGAUGGCGGCUGCGAUGCGAUGCGAUGCCCUCCCUCCCUUGCUAUCACUAUCGCUAUCAUCACUCUUACUCACCUACUCACCCUUACCCCUACCCCUACCACUCCAAACACCAUCAGACAAACACCACCCACCAGCUCCAGC